UGUGUGUGUGUGUGUGUGUGUGUGUCUGUGUGAAUCCUCUCAGGGUGUAUCCAAUAGAGGGUUAAAAUUAGGCCAGGCAGGCCUUAUAUUGCUGACAGAGCGGGGGUGGCCAAAAAAAGCCUGGGGUGGAAGCCAGCAGGGGGAAGCUCAAGGAAGAAAGGGGAGCAAAAGCAGGACCGCCGCUGAAAUGGCCUCCAAACUGAUGGAUCUGGUGUACUGGAGGAGCAUGAGGAGAACCGGCGUGGUGUUUACGGGCCUGGUGAUCGCCCUGGCCAGCCUCUUCCAGCUGAGCGCCAUCACUGUGCUCUCCCACAUCCUACUAGGGAUCAUGUGCAUCACCUUUCCUCUUUGUCUGUACUAUAAACUGCUGGAGCUGCUGCACUGGAGCCCUGGAUACAACCCCUUUCAGUCGUAUCUGGAUUACGACAGCUCUCUAACAGAUCAGGAGACGGUGAUGCUGGUGGAGGAGGUGGUGCUGCUGGUGGCGUUCGCCGUCACAGAAAUCAAACGCCUUCUGUUCGUUGAAAGCAUCAUCGACUCUGUGAAGUUUGUUUUGUUCCUCUACCUGCUGACGUACGUCGGUAUGGAAACCAACGGGCUGACUCUGGUGAUAGCCGCUGUAAUCGCCUUUUUCUCCCUUCCUCUGCUAUAUAAAAAACAACAGGMGCGGAUAAGAAGGGCGGUCAGGGCGGUCAGGGCUUUUGUAAAGAAACUCAACAAUCUGUUUGUCAGCCUGUAUGAGUCAGUGAGACCCCCUCCUGCCCCGGCACCCACCACUAAACCUGCCCCCCCAUCUGCCAUCAAACAGAAAGCCAAGUCAAAGUAACUUGUUCAUUGGGUUUUGGAAGGAUUUCGGAUUUGGAAAUGUGUUGGAAUGUUACAUCCUCUGUGGGGGCCGCUGACAGGGCAGCUCUUUUCUAUCCCUCCAACGUGAUUGUUUACAGGGGCAAGAUUUAAUUGAUCCUGACAACAGAAACAAAGCUGCCAUUCACACAAAGAUAGGCGGGGUCUGUGGACGAGGUGGGAAACUUUAUUUACUGAGAUGCUCUCUUGAUGUUCACACAACUUCUGUCAGGAGAGAAAACCUGUUGGUUUGUUUUCUUUCUUUUUAGUGUAUUUUACUAAUUUGAUGAACACUGGGUUUAUGCUGAAACACUCAUGACAAAGCAUUGCUAUUAUUGCUGCUUUAUUAUUUAAAAAAAGGCAAAACUUCCAUUAAGUUUUUUUUGUUUUAACAAAUAAUUAUUUAAGAUAUUUUAUUUUUUCUCAGAAACUGUAAAUGAAUUUUAAUAACUGGUGACAAUUAGGAACUUGUCAGCAUAAACUAUCAGCACUGCUGUCUGGUUAGAAUCUGCAGUAUCGUGUUUGACCAUCAGGGGGCAGAGAAAAGCUGAAAAUCAGUGCUAACAUAUGAACAGGUUUCAAACAGUUACCAGCAGUCAGCAGAAAUGUGAACUGACCCAAACAUUUAUUAUGAUUUGUACUUCAGAUUGUGUAAGAAUGACAUUUAGGGAUUUUAUUUGUGUAUAGAUUUUUUGCCUGGUUUAUGACAUCAUCCAACUUGGAACUGUUCCGCUCUGAAGCUUGGAUGAUAAAUUUGAUAUAUUGCUUUGCCCUAUGUGCCACACUGUACACUAGAGAAAUAUUAUCAGGUUAACCGACAACAUGAUCAACAACUGAAGCAAACGUUAACCUUUUGGUUUGAAUUAAAAAAUGUAAAAAAAAAAAUACUCCAGACUGUGAAACAGAGGUAGUAUCAUAGUUUGGGCCUGUCUAGUUGUCCAAGUAAAAAUAACUAAGUUUAAAGAAAGAUUUUGGUACAUUUUGUUCACGAGAUACUGAAAAAAAAGUUCAUCAACUUUAAAUAAAUACCCUAUAUGAAGAGUUGUAGAUAAAAAAAAGAUCAGAAAAAUAAACUGUAAAAUAUAGAUUUGUAAAGCAUCUUGUCAAAAAGUUAAUUCUAGGUUAACAAAAGCGUCUAAGUUAUUUGCUCCUCUGUUUGUUUUCACUUACUGAUAUAAAUCUGAGAGGAACAUAAUCUCCAUUUUGUUGGAUAAAUGUGUGAACUGGACAMAAAUGUAGACGUAAACGGCUUUUAGAGGAUGUCUCAGUAAAUACAGGUUUGAUGCYAUACUAUGGAAAUCUGUUAAACACAAGACAAAAAGUAGUUUGAUUGGAGUUAAUUUGCUAGAAAAAGGAUUUGAUUUCAAAGACAAACAGUUUUAUAACAUGGCAGAAAAAAACCCUCCACACGUUGUGCAGCUUUGGGAGUAUUCUUGGAAAAUUUCAAACAUAAAGUUGUAAAAAAUUUAUAUAUUUUUGAUAUUUUUGUUAUUUGCAGUACAGAAGGGUAAAGACUAGUUUUCAGCUGUGAAUAUUUCCAUGAAUAACACAUCUUCAUGAAUUUACAAAGAAUACCUCAGAUAAUUUUUUCUCAGUAAAGG